UUAGGGAGAGAUUGAGGACGAGUGCAUAGCGGAAAGUGCAUUGGCUCCUCGUCUCGAAACGUGGACGGCAUACGAAUGAUGGCUUAGUUUAGGCAUUAUGCUGUGAUUUACCCAUCGACAUCAUCGAACACCGGCCGCAUGUGCGCCUAGUCGUCUCGUCACGCAAUUAACAAUCUUGUACAGGGACCUGCUCGUUUACAUUCGCGAUCGCGAGUGUGGAGGUGUGCGACGCCGAGGACGACCUGGAACCGUUAUGAGUCUUUUCGAGACCAGUCUUGUCUCAACGGUCGCCCGUGAACCUUGAUAUAGUCCGUGAAAAUCGUCUACUUCUCGACGAUCGUCUGAAGUCUUUGGAAAUAUAUUUUCUUACAGAACGAUAUAAAAAUACAUUUUAGAUCAAAAUUGUUUGAUUUUAUUUUUCGAGUGGUCUCAGAAUUGUUCGCGAAUAUCGAUUUCUUGUUUCACGUGAAUCUUUUCGAGGUCAUUGUGAUACAUCUUACACCGAAUUUGACAGUUUUUUGGACUUUUAUUUCUUGAGUUAAUUAUUUAUUAAGUUAUACUUGAAUUGUGAUAAGUGAAUAUAAUAGAUUCGAGAAGAUACUCGAGGUGAAAAUUAUUUUUUGAUAAAAGAAAAAUAUCUCGUCAUGAAGAUAUUAUGCAGUUUGAUGGUGAUAAUGAUAUUCCGGCAAGCUAUCGCCGGAAUCGUUAGGAAGCCGCCGGCCUUUUCAACACCAGUGUAUUCGAAUUCGUAUCUCCCCGCUGCCAUGCAGGUAAUUUUUCACGCGGUCGAGCAACUGAAGCUGCUUCAAGUGGAAGAAAUAUUGCAGGAAGAGUUAACUAUUUCCCUCUCGACAUCGACGACCCAAUCGAUGAAGCAGCAGCGGCAACCGCAAUCGACGACGCCCGAGGGAAUUUCCAUAAUUUCAACUGCUACGACCGCAAAAGUGCACGAUGAGAAGACAGAAAUUCCCAUAACUUUGACUUUAGCGAGUAAGGUAUCGAGUCAAGGAUUAUCCAAGACUUAUGAUGAACCUAUAAAAAUUGCUCAGCGCUUGGCAACUUCGACUGCGAGCGUUGUAUUCGAUCACAAAGAGACACCCGAAGUGAAUGAAGAGACGACUGAAAAGAAUUACGAAUUACCGGCUACGCCCGAAACGAAUCACGAAUCACCGGAGCCCGUACAGGAGAUCCAGGAAUCGAAUCAAGAAGUCCCGGAGAAGAGCGAAGAAAGUUCUUCAAACACUGAACGCUCCUUCGAUGAUACGUCCAAAUUCUCGCGACACGACGAUGCAUCGCAUCAACAAUCGACACAGGCUUCCGUUACGCAAGUGUCGAGUUAUCAGAAAAAGAAGACACCGACCGUCGAUAGCGUCGUAGAUAAAAUUCACGAAAUCGUAAAGACAACCACGUCCCUGUUCAGCGAGGAAUCGGAUGACACCGACGAAUCGAAGAGUGUGGAAACAUCGAUCGAGAAGUCGGAAAAAAUUGAGGACGAAGAAGAAGACUCAAGGUUUUGUUUACUGGGCGAGAGAGUGGCUCAAGUGCCGCGUCCAAGUUUGAACCAAUACCUAAGACGUUCCAAAGUGCCGCCUAAGCCGUCUCUUCAGCAAUUGGCGAACCUUUAUGACUCUCUUAGCAAAGAUGCGCGGAAGCAAGGAUUCGCGCGCUUUGCUGGUUACACGGACGAAGUCAUGAAGAUCUUGUACUCAUCUGCCGAAGGUGGCAUCGGACCGCAGCUGAAACAGCUGUUAGAAAAAGUGGUAGAGCGAAAUGAGCUCACCAGAGAUGACGCGAAGUUGAAGACGUCGCAGGCGCUGCGUGAUCUCGACAAUCCUGCGAGCUCGCUCAGCAAGGAUCUGAGACCUCUGUUACCGUUACGUUAUACGCUUUAAUUCUUUGAAAGAGUUGCAAUGUUCUUAUAAUUUUCAUAAAUAAAAAUACGAACAUUGCAAUAGAAAAAA